CAACCCCGUCGGGUCACCCUGCGGUGCAGCAAUGGCUUCUACCGCCGUGAGAAGACUUCUUCCCGUGGGUGUCAGACUCCGGCAGACGUACACUCCCCUCACGGCGUCCAUGCCUGCCCUCUCCCGGCUGUACAGCACUGAUGCUGAUCCCAAAGUCGCUGUGUUAACCGACUUCCAGAGGAAGAAGAUAGAGAACUGCUUCGACUUCUACGAUGUCAACAAUGAUGGCAUCCUCAGAUUUGACGAAGACUUUGAAACAGCUCUAAAGAGCUACAUCAGACUGAACGGCUGGACCGAGGACUCCAAGCAGUACGUCCAGUACUACCGCCGCUGGGUGGCGUUUUGGAACAACCUGUACGCCGGCAAGAUGUUCAGGAAGGAAGGGAAGGGGGACCAGCAGAUAACCCGGGAGGAGUUCUACAGCAUGUGGGCCCAGGCGCUGUCCAACAGGACCGACAUCAACAAGGCUCCGAGAUGGGUGCGGGACCUCAUCCCCAACAUGUACCACGCUAUUGAUACAGACGGUGACAAUACUCUGAAGCUGAAGGACUACGAAAAGCUCUUUGAAGCUUUUGGGAGAAACGGUAACGUUGCGGAUAUCUUCAACAAACUAGAUAUUAACGGAGACGGCAUGGUGUCCAGGACGGAAUGGGACAUCCACAUGCAGGACUUCUUCAUCAGCGAGGACGAGACGAGGCCUGGGAAUCAUCUCUGGGGAUAUCUACAGUAGAACAGCCUUCAGACGGAUGUUGUCAUAUAGUCUCCCCAGAGGAGGCCUGGACGGGUGCAAGUACGCUGCCUUGGGGGAGGCCGUUCUUCUGCCUUCUCCAUCUACUACGAUCGUUGUUGAGAAGAAGAGGAGGCCAGGAGGCUUUAUCAACAUGCUUUGCUCAAUCCAUCA